UUUAAGACCAGUUUCUCCCAGAGAAAGAGGCGCAGAGAGUGAGCCAUCUUGAAAUUGUUCCCCCUCAUCUUUACGGAUAUCUAUACAUUUUUGUAACCACGGCUUCAAAGGUGGACAACGUUUUUUCCGCUCUAUCCCUGCAUUUCUUCAAGAAAGAAAUGGAAGAGGGCUCCAGUUCUCCGGUCUCCCCUGUGGAUAGUCUGGUGACCAGCGAGGAGGAGCUGGACAGACAGCAGAAACGCAGGAAGAGGAGAAACAGUAAAAAGUCCAGUGAGGACAGCAGCGGCAGCAGCCCGGGUCCGGUGAAACGGGGGAAAAAGCCGAGUCCGAGCAGCACUCAGUCGUACGAGGAGCUGCAGAACCAGCGGGUCCUGGCCAACGUCCGGGAGAGGCAACGGACUCAGUCUCUGAACGAGGCCUUUGCGUCUUUGCGCAAAAUUAUCCCCACGCUGCCGUCGGACAAACUCAGCAAGAUACAGACGCUGAAGCUCGCCUCCAGAUACAUUGACUUUCUCUGUCAGGUGCUGCAGAGCGACGAGAUGGACAACAAGAUGUCCAGCUGCAGCUACGUUGCGCACGAAAGACUCAGUUACGCGUUCUCCGUGUGGAGGAUGGAGGGUGCUUGGUCUAUGUCAGCAUCUCACUAGCACCCAGAGACCUUCACUCACAAAGCCAAAGCGACUGUUUACUUCUACAAAGAAUGAAGACCAAAGGGAUUAUUGAAGAACCCAUCGACCUCACGGGCAUGGCGGAGAGACGUAAUGUGACCCACAACUACAAACUCUUGGGGAGUGUGUGUGCGUGGAUGCAGAUGGAUCACACUGCCUCUGACUGUCCGGAGCUGUGUGUGGCAGAGAGGAAACAAACAGACAGGCCUGCAGUGUGUAUAGGCCAAAGAUGUUAUAGCGAAUAGCUCGGAUUUACGGCCUGUAUUUCAGCAAAGCCAUCGGUUUAACCGUUUUUUUUAGAAGGAUAUAUAUUUUGUGUUGCAAAGACUUUAAAUCAAAGUAUAAAUAUAUAUAAAUGAAUGCAUAUUGUACAUACCUGUGUAAGUACGCCUAUAGCCUGUCAAGGGACCAAUGCAAUUUAGAGUCAGUUGCUGCAUGGAUUUAUUUCACCGACUUUCUUUGGCAAGUCUCCAAACUCCGUCCAUGUAAAAAAAUGUUUUGCUUAUUUAUUAAAACACAUAUUUUUGAACGAAA